AUGGCUGCCUCUUUAUCUCUUCCAAACUUCCUCUCAUUCUUCUCACCUUCAAACCCACCUCCCAAGCCUCCACUCCCACCACCCCAGCUCUCUUUUUCCACCCAACAAGCCCAAAAGUCUAGGUCUUUAUUGGUUUCCCGAGAGAGUGAUGGUGGUCACUAUGGUUCAUUAUCAACUGAAUUGUCAUCAGUCGUGUGUCCUUCACUUGCUUAUUCAAAUACCCUUUUAUUUAAUUCAGCAUAUAAUGUGCAGGUUAUUGUGGAAGACAAUGAGCCUGAAGAGAGGCUGUUGAAUAGGUUCAGGAGGGAAGUCAUGAGAGCUGGUGUUAUUCAAGAGUGUAAGAGAAGGAGGUAUCAUGAGAACAAACAAGAUGAGAAGAAACGUAAGACCCGUGAAGCUCAUAAGCGUAAUCGAAGAAGGCGCCCCCAGAUGAGAGGCCCAUUCCCAAACAAGCAAGAAGCAUCUCCAAGCAAGAAGAAUGAUGAUGAUGAAGAUAACUGGGAAAUGCCUGAAGGAGAUAUUCCUUAUUGA